GCGGUAUCCAGCGCGGCAAUGGCAGGCUGCUGGCAGGUUUUGCCCGUGUCUCCCACGGCUGGUCCGGUCACUGCCCUGGUCACGCAGCCCACGGCGAGAGACGUCCCAUCUCCACAGAGAAGCGCCAUCGUGCCAAGCGCGGGGGGCUCUGGCAGAGCUUGUAUCAUCAGCCAGAUGAAUUUCGCGCACCCAAGCGCCCAGUAGGCUUGGUUAUGGGGCCGACUACACAGCCUUCCUCGAGGUCAGCGACUAUAUGGCGGCUUGACCUUCACCCCUCGCCAUACCGGAAUUCCGCUCAUCAGUCCCAUUUGCACGUGCCCCUAAUCUCAUCAAGCACGACCCUAUUCCUCCUCUCUUCACCUUUGCCAGCGACUGGGCCUGUCUUGUUAGAUUUCUUUCUUUCUUCACCAUGGAGACGGGCAAGCUCGCCCCUCCCACACUCCACAUCAACACCCGGCAGCGCGCGCUAAGCCAGGCCGACACCAUCACCUCGCAAACAUCAGACCCAUUCCGGACACCGAUAUCACCAAGUGACGCAUCUACCGUCGUCAGCGAGUAUGACGCCGCCGUACAACAAGAACUGCGCGCAGAGGCCGCCUCGGAUACAAACAACCCCUUUGCUUUCCGACCCUCACAGCUGAGCAAACUCCUAAACCCAAAGUCAUUAGCUGUCUACCAUGCUCUGGGCGGUCUCCACGGAAUUGCUGCUGGCUUGCAAUCAGACAUCCACGCAGGACUCAGUGCCGAUGAAUGCACAGUGCCACGACAUAUUUCCUUUGACGAAGCGACGAACCUGCAGACAGCCACCAAAGAGAAGCCAUCGGACCGAAUACCAACCGGCGGGCAGCCCUUUGAAGAUCGAAUCAGAGUCCACGGCCGGAACGCCCUCCCGCCUAAGAAAGCCACGCCUAUAUGGAGACUAGUCUGGAAUGCAUACAACGACACAAUGCUGAUAGUUCUUACUGUAGCAGCUGCAAUAUCCUUGGCACUCGGUCUCUAUGAGACAUUUGGCGUGGACCAUCCGCCUGGCUCUCCUCCGCCUGUCGACUGGGUCGAGGGCUGUGCUGUCGUGGUCGCCAUCGUUAUUGUCGUUCUCGUCACAGCUGUAAAUGACUGGCAAAAGGAGCAGGCUUUCGCAAAACUCAACGCAAAGAAAGAACAGCGGGAUGUUAAAGUCACACGGUCGGGAAGGAUCGUCAUGAUCAGCAUAUACGAUGUGUUGGCCGGAGACCUAAUACACUUGGAGCCUGGUGACAUCAUCCCUGUGGACGGCAUCUUCAUUGAUGGCUCAGGUGUCAAGUGCGAUGAAUCGUCCGCCACAGGAGAGUCGGAUGCUAUGCGCAAGACACCCGGCGCGGUUGUCAUGAAAGCCCUUGAGUCUGGCCAGUCUACCAAGGACCUCGACCCUUUCAUCAUCUCGGGUGCAAAGGUGCUCGAGGGUCUUGGCACCUUCAUGGCUACCUCUGUUGGAGAAAACAGCAGUUUUGGUCGUAUCAUGAUGUCCGUCCGUGUCGAGAUUGAAGCUACCCCUCUCCAGGAGAAGCUUAGUGGCCUUGCCAUGGCUAUUGCGAAGCUCGGAACAUCCGCUGCUGCUAUCUUGUUCUUUGUCCUGCUCUUCCGCUUUGUCGGUGGACUGUCUGGCGACACCCGGACCGCUUCAGAGAAAGGAUCCGCUUUCAUGGACAUUCUUAUCGUUGCAGUUACCAUUAUCGUUGUAGCUGUUCCUGAAGGACUUCCGUUGGCUGUGACGUUGGCGCUAGCCUUUGCGACAACCAAGAUGUUGAAGGAAAACAAUCUCGUGAGGAUCCUGCGAGCAUGCGAAACCAUGGGUAACGCCACUGCUAUUUGCUCAGACAAGACCGGUACCCUGACAACAAACAUCAUGACUGUUGUUGCGGGCACAUUCGGUAAUACCAGAUUCGUACACGCGGACAACAACUCGCAAAAGGACGAAACUGUAUCCGCAUGGGCAUCCAAAGUCACGCCGGCUGCGAAAGAUCUCCUCGUGCAGUCCAUUGCUAUCAACUCGACGGCUUUUGAGGGCCAAGAGGAUGGAAAACCAGUGUUCGUUGGCUCCAAGACAGAGACCGCCCUCCUCCAGUUUGCCAAAGACCACCUCGGCCUUGUUUCACUGUCCGAAACCCGUCAAAACCAGCAAGUGCUGCAAAUGUUCCCAUUCGACUCGAGCAAGAAGUGCAUGGGCGCUGUGCUAAAGCUUCAAAAUGGUACCUGCCGGCUUGUAGUCAAGGGAGCAUCUGAGAUUCUUCUCGGCUUCUCCUCUACUGUUGCCCGUUUUGACUCCUUGGAGAUGGAACCAUUGACAGACAGCCAGCGGCAGAGCCUCAGUGAUUCUAUCAGCGAAUAUGCAAACAAAUCCCUCAGGACCAUUGGACUGGUGUACCGCGACUUUGAGCAAUGGCCGCCGGCUCAUGUUGAGCUCACAGAAGGAGGCAGUGUGGACUUUGUCUCCCUGCUGCGCGACCUUACAUUCUUUGGCGUUGUUGGUAUUCAGGAUCCCAUUCGUCCCGGUGUACCCGAUGCUGUACGCAGGGCGAAACACGCAGGUGUGACGGUUCGUAUGGUUACCGGCGACAACAUGCAGACGGCUCGAGCUAUCGCGACAGAAUGCUUGAUUUAUACUGAAGGCAGAUUGGUAAUGGAAGGCCCAGACUUCCGUCGCCUGACCGAAGAACAACUAGACGAGAUUUUGCCCCGACUUCAGGUACUGGCUCGUUCUUCGCCCGAAGACAAGCGCAUACUUGUCCAGCGUCUCAAGACUCUUGGUGAAAUCGUCGCUGUUACCGGAGAUGGCACCAAUGACGCCCCUGCAUUGAAGGCAGCCAAUAUUGGAUUCUCCAUGGUUUCGGGAACAGAGGUUGCCAAGGAAGCAUCGUCGAUUAUUCUCAUGGACGAUAACUUCACUUCCAUCAUCACUGCCCUGAUGUGGGGUCGUGCUGUCAAUGAUGCUGUCCAAAAAUUCCUUCAGUUCCAAAUCACGGUAAACAUUACCGCUGUCGUACUGGCAUUCGUAACUGCCGUGUACGAUGACGAGAUGAAGCCUGUACUCAAGGCUGUACAGCUCUUAUGGGUCAACUUGAUCAUGGACACUUUUGCAGCCCUCGCCCUUGCCACUGAUCCACCAACCGAAAAGAUUCUUGACCGCCCACCACAAGGCAAAGGCCCUCUUAUCACAACAACUAUGUGGAAGCAGAUCACCGGCCAAAACAUCUACAAGAUUACGGUGAUCUUCGUUCUUUACUUCGCUGGUGGCGAUAUCCUCAACUACGAUCUAUCAAAUCCCGAAAAGCAGUUAGAACUCGACACUCUCAUCUUUAACUGCUUUGUUUGGAUGCAGAUCUUCAACAUCUUCAACAACAGGCGUCUGGACAACAAGCUCAAUGUCCUCGAAGGCGUGUUACGCAACUAUUUCUUCAUUGGCAUCGUGUUGAUGAUCAUCGGCCUUCAGAUCCUCAUCAUUUUUGUUGGUGGACGCGCCUUCCAGAUCAAAUCUGGAGGUAUUGACGGCACACAAUGGGCCAUCAGUAUCGUCACAGGCUUCAUAUGUAUUCCCUGGGCUGUCCUUAUCAGGUACUUCCCAGACGAAUGGUUUGCUGUUAUUGCUAGUUUUGUGGGUAGGCCUGUGGUUUUGCUCUACCGCGCUUGUUGCACCGGUGCACGCAAAGUCAAGGCUAUGUUUACGUUUAGGCGCAAGAAAGAUGACACCAAGAGGAGCGAUAUCGAGGCGGCGGCCGACGAGACGGCCGCGCCAGCUAUUAUUGUAGUAGAGGAUGACUCGGGUGUUGCAGAGAGUAAAAAAGAGGGUUAGGACCUUCUUUUUAUUAGUAAUAAUGUCACGAUUUCAAGCAGUCAAUUUAGUCAGGGAUCUCACAUGUGUCAC